GUCAAAGCAAUAACUAGCUUUGGUGGCAGUCCAUCGAAAUAAUCCAAGUUAUGAGUGAUAAGGAUAAAGAGGUCUGCUGUCCCUUGAAGGCGGAGUUUCAACGCUCUAAAUUCUCGCUGUACCAUGAGGAUCCGGGAGUCUUCUGUAGAUCUCAGUGGCAGAAAUCAGAUCGAAAUAUAAUUUGGGUUCUGUAUCGUUGGAUUCUGGCGGCCUUCUUUGCCGCAGGAGUUAUUGGCAGCAUGAGGCAGGACUUUAAUGGAGGUCGUUGGUUUAUAUUCCUCACGGAUUGGGGUUUCACACUGUGCCUAUUUACCUGCACGUAUGGCGCUGUAAUCUCUACUAUUUACUACUUUAAUCAAGCUUAUUUUGCGCCUGGUGAUCGAUCUCUUAAGGUUUACUGGAUCUCGCACUAUACGGCUUCAGUCCUCUCCAUGUUAAUUACCACAGUUUUCUGGGCUGCGCUUUCCUCUACAAUGCCCGAAAUAGCUGGGGAGCUCUACAACUUGUGGUGUCAUGCCUUCAACUCAAUCUGCAUGGUUUUUGACUGUUUUAUGGUGGCCUACCCGAACCGUCUCAUGCACUUCGUGUAUCCCAUCUCCGUUGUGCUUAUUUUCUUAGUGCAUUCCUUGAUCUACUAUUGGGCUGGAGGCACUGACAUGGACGGAAAUCGCUUUAUCUACUAUGCUUUGGACUGGGCACGUCCUGGCCUGGCAAUUGGCUUUGUGUGCGCCGCCUUGGUUCUAAUCUGCUGCUUCGCCUUGGUGGCCUUUGGUAUUUACAGAUUGCGCAUUUCCUUAUACAGAUGUUGUAACAAGGAGAAGGAAACAACAUCCAUAGAAGCUACUCCAAAAGAAUCAUCUCUAACUGUUUAA